AAGAUGAAUUAUCUAAGAGCACUGGGGAAAGGAUGAUCUACCAACAACAACCAAUCUGUUUCUGUCACCACAAGCCAGCAUGUCGACCUUGAUCAAACCUCCACCAGCCGAUCCCAGCAAAUCACCCAUUGAAAGUGUGCUGGAGCUCAAGCAGCUGACGGACAUCGAUCCUGGAAUCUUCACAAACACACGGCCUUUGUGGCACCCCCCAGGUGCUCGAGGUAUCUAUGGAGGUGCUGUUAUCGCACAAUGCCUCGCGGCCGCGCAACGAACAGUCCGCGAUGAUUUCACCGUCCACAGCAUGCAUUGCUACUUUGUGCUAGCCGGCAACGCAGAGAUUCCGAUCAUGUAUCACGUCGAAAAAGUACGAGACGGCCGAAGCUUUGCUACACGUACAGUGCAAGCACGACAGCGAGGACGUCCCAUCUUCACAACGACCAUGUCGUUUGUUCGAGAAAACAGCGGAGGAUCCGAGCGGGUGGAACACGCAGUCGACAUGCCCGAAGUGCCGGGCCCUUCAGAAGAUUUGGAUAUUCCACAGCAAGACAAUAGCCCUUUCCAGAGCCAACGCAUCCACAUUCUGAAUCACCAAUCGGGUAGACCGCAAGACAAGAAGACGAGACAAUGGAUCAAGGCCAGGGGCAAGAUCAGUCCUAGUGGCGGACAUCAGGCACAUUUGUCUGCUCUUGCAUACAUGAGUGACAGCUACUUCAUUGGCACAGUAUCAAGAGUGCAUAGGCUGUGGCGAUUCUCGACGUCCGACAAGGACGGGAAGUCGACGAUCGAUAAUUCAGUGCUCGAGAAACUUCGCGACAUGGACGAUGAUACUCUGCGAAGGAUGCAAGGAAUGGACGAGGAUGUCAUUAUUGCAUUGCGUAACAUGAAGGAUAUAAACAGCGUGGAGCAGAGACGGCCAGAGGUGGGCAUGAUGGUCAGUCUCGACCAUACCAUCUACUUCCACUCGCCGCGCAGCUUUCGGGCAGACGAGUGGAUGUUUACAGAGAUGGAGAGCCCCUGGGCGGGUGAUGGCAGAGGGUUGGUCUUGCAGAGGAUGUUCACCAAGGACGGCGAAUUGGUGGCUACAUGUGUGCAGGAGGGCGUGGUCCGACUGAAGGAGGGCAAUAGCAACAGCAGCAAGAGCAAGAGCAAGAGCAAGAGCAAGCAGGAGGUUGCGAGCAAACUGUAAGGGCAAGAGUGACUCAAAGGCGUGUUAGGGCGUGCAAUCAUGGUGGCAGUCCAGGGUUAGGGCGUGCAAUGGAGUACCUAAGGUAGUCGUGUCCAGGGCUAGGGCGUGGUAUUUGGGUUGGAGUCUAGGGCGUGGAGAGAGAGGGCAGCGGUUAUCGGCGGGCGUCAUAACCCCGCAGCCAUUUUUU